AAGAGAGAGGUGGUGAUUUCUGCACCAUGUGUUCCACGGGUGGGCACAGUGUUCAUACGUGAUCCUCUCUUUUAGGCAAGCCCAAACAAGGGUUUCUCCUUAUAAUACUAAGUUAAUGCAGAGCUAUUUACAUAUUUGAGACAAAGGGCUAAGAGAAAUGUGAGGCCCAAAUUUCCCUUUGCAAUUACUGCUGGCAAGGUGCAAGCUUUUAGUACGUGAACCAUUUUUCUGGAAAGCACACACAGGAAAACUGAAAUAUUCCUAAUGGGAGAAUCGACUUCUAUUGGUAACCAUAGCUUCUUUGCUGUAAGUACGGAAUCAAUAUUAACAGAAGCCCUUCCGCGUUCGUCGGUAACUAAGGGCAACCCGGCGCUCCCGGAUGUGACGUCAACGUUUUUGUCUCUUUUUUUUUCCGUCUAUCGGCGGAACUCUAGGCUCUCAGAUUUGGUUGCUGUGUACGUGGAAGAAGCAGGCGCAUGCGCACACGGCCCCAUUCGUCUCAGCUGUGCGGGAACCGCCGAAGGCCUGAGGCCUUCCCGCUUGGUGCUGCCGCCGCCACUGCCGGCUGAGGAGGGGCGAUGAGUUGGUUCAACGCCUCCCAGAUCUCCAGUUUCGCCAAGCAGGCCUUGUCCCAGGCCCAGAAGUCCAUCGACAGGGUCCUGGACAUCCAGGAAGAGGAGCCGAGCGUCUGGGCCGAGACCAUUCCGUAUGGAGAGCCGGGAAUAAGUUCCCCUGUCAGUGGAGGAUGGGAUACUUCAACCUGGGGAUUGAAAUCAAACACUGAACCUCAGAGUCCACCAAUAGCCUCUCCUAAAGCAAUCACAAAGCCAGUUCGGAGGACUGUGGUCGAUGAAUCUGAAAAUUUCUUCAGUGCCUUUCUCUCGCCAACUGAUGUCCAGACUAUUCAGAAGAGUCCAGUGGUAUCAAAACCUCCAGCAAAAUCACAACGACCAGAAGAAGAAGUGAAAAGCAGCUUACAUGAAUCCUUGCACAUUGGACAGUCAAGAACUCCUGAAACAACUGAAUCCCAAGUAAAAGACUCUUCUUUGUGUGUUUCAGGGGAAACCCUGGCAGCAGGUACUUCAUCACCUAAAACUGAAGGCAAGCAUGAAGAAACUGUUAAUAAAGAAUUGGAUAUGAAGAUGCCAACUGUACGUUUGAAAGUAUCUGAAGGUGUAAUUGAUGUGAAAACAACUACGGAAAGUAUAUCUAAUAUGUCUACACAGUCUCUCACAGCAGAAACAAAGGACAUGGCUUUGGAACCUAAGGAACAAAAACAAGAAGAUAGGCAGAGCAAUACACCUUCUCCUCCUGUUAGCACCUUUUCAUCAGGUACUUCUACCACCAGUGAUAUUGAAGUUUUAGAUCAUGAAAGUGUAAUAAGUGAGAGCUCAGUGAGCUCAAGACAAGAGACUACAGAUUCAAAAUCGAGUCUUCACCUGAUGCAGACAUCCUUUCAGCUUCUCUCUACAUCUGCUUGUCCUGAAUAUAAUCGUUUAGAUGAUUUCCAAAAACUCACUGAGAGUUGCUGUUCAUCUGAUGCUUUUGAAAGAAUAGACUCAUUUAGUGUACAGUCAUUAGAUAGCCGGAGUGUAAGUGAAAUCAAUUCAGAUGAUGAAUUGUCAGGCAAGGGAUAUGCUUUAGUGCCUAUUAUAGUUAAUUCUUCAACUCCAAAGUCUAAAACAGUUGAAUCUGCUGAAGGAAAAUCUGAAGAAGUAAAUGAAACAUUAGUUAUACCCACUGAGGAGACAGAAAUGGAAGAAAGUGGACGAAGUGCAACUCCUGUUAACUGUGAACAGCCUGAUAUUUUGGUUUCUUCUACACCAAUAAAUGAAGGACAGACUGUGUUAGAUAAGGUGACUGAGCAGUGCAAAUCUGCUGAAAGUCAGCCAGAAGCACUUUCUGAGAAGGAAGAUGUUUGCAAGACAGUUGAAUUUCUGAAUGAAAAACUGGAAAAAAGGGAGGCUCAGUUAUUAUCUCUUAGUAAGGAAAAAGCACUUCUAGAAGAAGCUUAUGAUAACCUGAAAGAUGAAAUGUUCAGAGUGAAAGAAGAAAGCAGUAGCAUUUCUUCCUUGAAAGAUGAGUUUACUCAAAGAAUUGCAGAAGCAGAAAAGAAAGUUCAGCUAGCCUGCAAAGAGAGAGAUGCUGCUAAAAAGGAAAUCAAAAACAUAAAAGAAGAACUUGCCACUAGAUUAAAUAGUAGUGAAACUGCAGACCUUUUGAAAGAGAAAGAUGAGCAGAUCCGAGGGUUAAUGGAAGAAGGGGAAAAACUUUCAAAACAGCAGCUGCAUAAUUCUAACAUCAUCAAGAAAUUAAGAGCUAAAGACAAGGAAAAUGAAAAUAUGAUUGCAAAGCUAAACAAAAAAGUUAAAGAGCUAGAAGAGGAGUUGCAGCAUUUGAAACAGGUCCUUGAUGGCAAAGAAGAGGUUGAGAAACAACAUAGAGAAAAUAUUAAAAAACUAAAUUCUGUGGUAGAACGCCAGGAGAAAGAUCUUGGUCGACUUCAAGUAGACAUGGAUGAACUGGAAGAAAAGAACCGAAGUAUUCAGGCUGCCCUGGAUAGUGCAUACAAAGAACUUACUGAUCUUCACAAAGCCAAUGCUGCAAAGGAUAGUGAGGCACAGGAAGCUGCUCUGAGCCGUGAAAUGAAAGCUAAAGAAGAACUUUCUGCAGCAUUAGAGAAGGCCCAAGAAGAAGCCCAUCAGCAGCAAGAAACUUUAGCCAUUCAAGUGGGGGACCUUAGGCUUGCAUUGCAACGCGCAGAACAAGCAGCUGCCAGAAAGGAGGAUUAUUUACGCCAUGAGAUUGGUGAACUUCAGCAGAGACUCCAGGAAGCAGAGAAUCGAAACCAGGAACUGAGUCAGAGUGUUUCAUCAACAACAAGACCACUGCUUCGACAGAUAGAAAAUUUGCAAGCAACCCUAGGGUCCCAGACAUCGUCGUGGGAGAAAUUAGAGAAGAAUCUUUCUGAUAGGCUUGGUGAAUCCCAGACCUUGCUGGCAGCAGCAGUGGAGAGAGAACAUGCAGCUACAGAAGAACUCCUUGCUAACAAAAUUCAGAUGUCUUCUAUGGAGUCACAGAAUUCUCUCUUAAGACAAGAAAACAGUAGAUUUCAAGCCCAGCUAGAAUCAGAGAAAAAUAGGCUACGAAAACUGGAGGAUGAGAAUAAUAGGUACCAGGUUGAAUUAGAAAACCUAAAAGAUGAAUAUGUAAGGACACUUGAAGAAACAAGGAAAGAAAAGACACUGUUGAAUAGUCAGUUAGAAAUGGAAAGAAUGAAAGUUGAACAAGAAAAGAAGAAAGCCAUUUUUACUCAAGAAGCAAUAAAAGAAAAGGAACGCAAGCCAUUUUCUGUUUCUAGCACUCCCACCAUGUCACGCUCAAGUUCAAUAAGUGGUGUUGAUAUGGCAGGACUACAGACAUCUUUUCUGUCUCAGGAUGAGUCUCAUGAUCAUUCAUUUGGACCAAUGUCUGUAUCAGCAAAUGGAAGCAACCUUUAUGAUGCCAUAAGGAUGGGAGCAGGAUCUAGCAUUAUUGAAAACCUACAGUCUCAGCUAAAGCUAAGGGAAGGGGAAAUUACCCAUUUACAGCUAGAAAUUGGCAAUCUAGAAAAAACUCGAUCAAUGAUGGCUGAAGAACUAGUUAAAUUAACAAAUCAAACUGAUGAACUUGAAGAGAAGGUGAAGGAGAUACCCAAACUUAGAACUCAGCUAAGAGAUUUGGACCAAAGGUACAACACUAUUCUGCAGAUGUAUGGAGAAAAAGCAGAAGAGGCAGAAGAACUUCGAUUAGAUCUUGAAGAUGUAAAAAAUAUGUAUAAAACUCAAAUAGAUGAACUUUUAAGACAAAGGCUCAGUUAACUUGUGAAAAUUUAAUUCCUGUCAAACUGAAUGUAAGCAUUUAACAUCUAAACAUUUAAUGUGGACUUCCAAUAAAUUCUUUUAUAGAAUUAGAAAAUGAGAUUUACUGUAGAGUGUAAAAAUUUUUUUAAAAAUUGUUUUACACUAUGUAGUAAUAUUUACAGUUAAAUUAUUUUGUGCAAUAUUUGAACUUUAUUUUUGAAACUAUUCUUUAAAGAUUUAUUUUUUAAAGCAUUCAUUUUUUUUCCUUGAAUAGCACAGAGAUUUAUUACUUUAUCCUUAUAUCAGUAUGGCUAGGGAAGAAGAAUGGUAUUCAUAUAUGUAUUGCAGAUAUACAACUAGUUGUUUAUAUAAUUUGUGUUUAUAUAUAUAUUAAGAACAUUUAAAGAGUAAUGUUAACAUACUGAAACUUUGAAAUCUUUCACAUUGAAGUUUUCAACAUAUCUUAUUACUCAUGAAAAUGUACAUUAAGUGUUUAAGUAAAAAAUUA